AUGUUUCUUUCUCUAGCGAUAAACGUACCUGUUAAUACUCAAACAAAUAUUAAGAUUGAUUAUUUCAAAUUCAGCUGUCGUUUGGCUCAGAAAAAUUCAUCAUUUGAUGAAUGUGCUAAGGUCUGUGGUAUAGCAUCUGGUAGUAAACUCAACAAAAAUGACUGCACAUUAACAUUCAAGAAUGCAGGCACAACUGUUGAACAAUAUUAUCCUAUUGCUUUAAUGAUUGAAGAUUUUUAUACAGAAUCAUCAUAUUCAUCAUUUAGUAAUAUUCCUGUGCAAGUUCUGAUUAAAAUUGUUAGCAAACUAAGUUGCUAUACACAACCGAUGGUUAGUUUUAAUUUAUCAAAUUGUACUGCUAUUAGUGUUGGAGUUCAAUUUAAUUUCACAUUGGCAAUCCAGCAAGGAUGUUCGAACACAACAAUAGUAGAUGUAUUUAGAACGUCACCUUCAAAAUAUGAAAAAAAAUGA